AUGAGACUGCUCCUGAUCUACUUGUUUCUAGCCCUGGCUCCUUGCUGCUGGGCUUCCUGCUGCUCCAGCUCCUCUUCUUGCUCUUCUUUGCCAUCUCCUUUGCCCUAUGGAGUCCAAGAAUGUCGGGACACUUCACUGAUGGAUGCUUUCGACUCAGCUCUCGCCAUCACCAAAGCCAAUGGAAGCUACUCUGAUAUUUUUGCUGCUGAACUCAGCUCAGGAGCACUGUUCAUCCCCUUGGAUUGUGCCGCCGAUCCAAGCCUCUUCCCAUUCCCUGCGCGCACACCACACACCCUCUUGAAUAGAGUACUACGCCGUGGGGCCAUCCGUAGCUUCGACGUCGUAGAUCCCGGGCUAGACACACUUCUGAAUUUGAUGAUUUCAAUCAUUUCCAACCAUUACGGCGUCCCCUUGACGCGUGUGGUGGUACCCUUCCCGGACAACUCCACCAUCGCCAUUGAGAUGCUCAUCGAUGGCAUCGUGGACCUUGCUGGUCCCGACUUCUCUUUUGGCGGAGAGUUCAUGGGCAUCGCCCGGAAGCGUGUCACCCAGCAGUCCUGUGUUCAACUCAACGGCUUGGGCGUCUUCACCGUGCUGGACACCUCUCCGUUCACCUCUUUCGCAUCCCUCCUUGCCGCCACCGCGCUGACCACCAUCACCAACGCCGAAGGCAGCGCUACCCUCUACGCCUCUGUGAUGCCAAACUUGGAUGUUACGGUAAACCCCGAUCUGACCGACGCCGAAAUCGUGGCCGCCCUGCGAGCUGGCACCAUCGAUGUGGUGAUCGACCUCGAUGUGGGAUUCCUGGCCUCGGAGGGUGUUGACGUGACGGGGCUCAGGAGCUUCUCCGGCGGCUUCGAUACGCCGAACGGCUCGCUCUUUGCCAUUCGCUGCCUGCAGAGACGCCACUGCAGCCAGAAGAGCGAGAAAUGA